GGAUUGGAACUCAGGACCUCUGGAAGAGCAGUCAGUGCUCUUAACCACUGAGCCAUCUCUCCAGCCUUAGGACUCUUAACUAGCAGGGAGAGAGCUUUCUCAAGCAGAAAGCUACCUAUCUCAACAAGAGAGUUUUUCGAAUAGCAAGAAAAAGCUAGAGCAGAGCAGAACUACCCCUGCAUGCAUGCUCGCACACACACACGAGAGAGAGAGAGAGAGACAGAGAGAGAGAGAGAGACAGAGAGACAGAGAGACAGAGAGACAGACAGAGACAAAGACAGAAAAAGAGAGACACAGAAAGAGACAGAGACAGAGAGAGACAGAGAGAGACAGAGAGAGACAGAGAGAACUAGCUAGAAGUCUGAAGAGCUAUUUCAUGUGGAAAGCCAACUCAGCAGAGCGUAAGCCACCAGCUUGGACCCAUGAUUUGACUUCAAGUUGUUGUUUGUUUCCCUGCUGCUCUCAAACACCCCUUCUCUUAGGAACCCAGACCUAUUCGAAUUUAGUCUUUGGCAUCUGUGUUUUUUUUUUCUUUCUAUAUGUGAGAAUUGUGACAUCGAUACAUUGAUUGGUUAGAUCACAGGUAAUGAUUAGCAGGUAGCAUUGGCUCCUGAGCAAUCUACCUUCACAGUGUCAUCUUGAUCUUCAGCUAAGACCUUGUAGUACAAGACGAACAUCCCAGAGGCAUUCCUGUCCAUCGUUUUAAUAUUUUACAUGUUUCUGCCUCACUUUGAGCUAAGCAUGCCCUUAGAAAAAAAUCUCUGCUUUUACCUUGUGACCCAGUUCAGAAGAAGACUUAACUUAGCAUGCUGAGGAGUAGGCAAACCUCUGUGUGAGCGUAUCCAUAUUCCCUGGUAAAGCCUCAAUGCUUCCUUUUAUAGAGGAAAAUUAUUGUUUUGGAAAUGGCUCCCGUGCUCUCCUUGCCUGACACAGGGGGGAAAAAGAUUCUUAGCUCUCCUAACUAGAUAGUUGUACUGGCUAUCCUUGGUAGUUAAUUUAAAUAUAUCUGCAAUUAGCUGAAACUUAAGUAGUUGGCUAUUGUGGGGGAUUUUCAUAAAUCAAAGCUUUUGAAAUAGAAAAAUCCUUAUAAAAUCUGAAUCUUCUGAGUUGAUAAGAUCCAUCUUUAAACAGGGACACAGAUUACAUAUAUAAAGGACACUGAAGAUGAUAGAUACCUCUCUUUCUCUUUGUUUGUCUUGCCUCUGGCUAGCUAGUUCAUUUUAAAAAAACAAACAAAACUGGUGUUAGAGCUUAUUUCUUUCUUCAGAAUUCGGAUGUAUACUGAAGACCAGCUGAGGCAUGCAGUCACAUGGGCUAAACCAUUACUGGAUUCUCCAACUUUCCACAUGUAGACAGCCACUGUUGGCCUAGUAGAAUGACACGGCUCUUGAGGCGUUCUAAUAAAUCUGUUUCCAACAUGAUAGAGAGAUGGAGUCUGUCGGUUCUGUAUAUCUAGAGAAUCUUUACUAAUGCAGCUGUGGGUUUUGUUGUUCUUUGUUUGCUUUACCAACCCACUGAGGAAGAUAUGCUGGUUAACAACAGUGCUCCAGGGUUUGUCACGUCUGAACCCCGAAGAAAACACAAAACAAAAGUCUCGUUUCCUAAUAUCUCUCUUUAAUUGUUAAUAUUCUGGGCACCUUUCCACUUGUGGGACAGACUGAUAACUGCACUGGCUAUGCCAGUUAUGUACCUUGAUUGUAGAAGGAAGAAGGGGAAGUGCCUACUGAGUGCUGUAAUUGGAGCUCAGGCCAGCUCCAAAGUUGCAACAAGGUAGCACAGCGUCACUUCUCAGAAAGGAAAGAGCAGUGCAUCCAGAAGCUGAGCAUCCAGAAGCUGGAGUUGUGGAUCCUCCCCGGACUUGGGUGGGAAAACAGACGCAAGUUGUACUAAAAUGCAAAGCUCUGGAGAUCUGCAAAACGUCUAGCCUCUGACUGGAAGCCUGUGCCUAGAAUUACUCCUCCACUUUUGUCCCUUCAGCACACUCUAACCUUAAGGGUGGUGCUUAUGUCACUCAAGACUCAUUAGCCAAUCAGCACAUCUACGCGGCCCUACCAAUCAGAGGAGAAGGCGGGCUUUUCCGGGAGCAUUCCAGCGAGUUCCCGUCGGGAGCUUUCUUGCAAGUUUCCCUCUGAAGCCGAACAGUCAGGAGUAUUUCCGUUUGACGUGUUCUGUCUGCUGCUGCUGGGUGCUGUGAGGAGAGCUCCGGCAAGCUCAGAAGUCCCGACAUGGGUGUUGUGACCUAUGAUGAUGUGCAUGUGAACUUCACUCAGGAAGAGUGGGCUUUGCUGGAUCCUUCCCAGAAGAGUCUCUACAAAGAUGUGAUGCUGGAGACCUACAGGAAUCUUGCUGCUGUAGGCAACAAUUGGGAAGACCAUAAUAUUGAAGAACAUUUUCAAAGUUCUAGAAGACAUGGAAGGCAUGAAAAAAGUCCUAUUGAAGAGAAAUCCUCAGAAUUUACUCAACAUGGUAAAAUCUUUGCUUAUCACAGCCAUUCUCAAAGACAUCAACAAAUUCAUACCGGAGAGAAAUCCUAUGAAGGUAUUCAAUAUUUUGAGUCCUUUGCAUAUCACAGUAGUAUACAAAUACAUAAAAGAACACACGGCGGAGACAAACCCUCUAAUUGUAACCAAUGUGGUAAAGCCUUUACAGCUCACAGUUCUCUUAAAAUGCAUAAAAGAAUUCAUACAGGUGAGAAACCUGACGAAGGUAAUCAACGUGGUAAAGACGUUCCACAACACAGUCAUCUUCAGCAACAUGCAGGAAUUCAUACUGUGAAAUGUAGCCAAAGUGGUAAAGACUUUGCAUGUUAUACCGAUCUACAAAUACGUCAAAGAACACAUACUGCAGAGAAAGCUUAUGAAUGCAAUCUCUGUGGUAAGGCCUUUGUACAGCACAGUCAUCUUGAAAGGCAUGGAAGAAGUCAUACUGGGGAGAAACCCUAUAAAUGUAAUCAGUGCGGUAAAGCCUUUUCACAAAGCAGUAAUCUCCAAGUGCAUAAAAGAACACAUACUGGAGAAAAACCCUUUGAGUGUAAGCAAUGUGGGAAAGCCUUUGCAAGUCAGAGUGGUCUCCAACAGCAUAAAAGAACACAUACGGGAAAGAGACCCUUUGAAUGUAAGCAGUGUGAUAAAGCCUUUGCACGUCACAGUCAUCUUCAAAGACAUCAAAGAAUUCAUACUGUAGAGAAGCUCUAUGAAUGUAAUCAAUGUGGUAAAUCCUUUGCACAAAACAAUCAUUUUAUACAACAUAUACGAACACAUACUGGAAAGAAACUCUAUGAGUGUAAGCAAUGUAAUAAAGCCUUUGCAUGUCAAAGUGGUCUCCAGUAUCAUAGAAGAACACAUACUGGAGAGAAGCCCCAUGGAUGUAAUGAAUGUGGGAAAACAUUCAUAUAUCACAGUUAUCUUCAGAUACAUCGAAGAACACAUACUGGAGAGAAACCCUUUGAAUGUGACCAAUGUGGGAAAGCCUUUGCACGGAACAAUAAUCUCCAAGUGCAUAAAACAAUACAUACUAGAGAGAAACUCUGUGAAUGUAAGCAGUGUGGCAAAGCCAUUUGUAAGUCACAGUAGUCUCCACGUGCAUAAAAGAACACAUGCUGAAGAGAAACCCUAUGAAUGUAAGCAGUGUAGCAAAGACUGCACAGCAAAGUGGUCUCCAGAAACAUAAACAAAUGCAUAAUGGAGAGAAACCCGAUGAGGGUAAUCAAUGUGAUCAAGCCUUUGCAUGUCAAAAUGGUCUCCUGUAUCAUAAAACAACACAUCCUGGAGAGAAACCCUAUGGAUGUAAUGAAUAUGGUAAAGUCUUUCACCUGGCAGUUAUUUUCAAAUAUAUAAAAGAAUACACAUACUGGAGAGAAACCCUUUGAAUGUGACCAAUGUGGUAAAGCCUUUGCGUGAAGCAGUCAUCUCCUAACAUAUAAAAGAAGACAUACUGGACAGAAACCCUAUGAAUGUAAGCAAUGUGGCAAAACCUUUGUGUGUCAAAGUGGUCUCCAAUAUCAUAAAAGAACCCAUAACAUAUACAGCAAAGAAACCCUAUGAAGGUCAUCAAUAUGAUCAAGCCUUUGCAUGUGAAAGUGGUCUCCUGUAUCAUAAAACAACACAUGCUGGAGAGAGACCCUAUGGAUGUAAUAAAUAUGCUAAAGUCUUUGUACUUCACAGUUAUCUUCGUAUAUAUAAAAUAAUACAUACUGGAGAGAAAUUCUUUGAAUAUGACCAAUGUGGUAAAGCCUUUGUGUGUCAAAGUCGUCUCCAGUAUCAUAAAAGAACCCAUAACACACAGGAAAGAAACCCUGUGACUGUCAUCAAUGUGAUAUACCCUUUGCAUGUCAGACAUCUUCAAAGGCACUAAGGAAACUAUAAUGUAGAGAAACUCUGAGUAUAUUUAACAUGAUAAAGCCUUUGUACAUUUCUGUAGUCUUCAUCAUCAUGAAAGAAACCCAUAGUGGAGAGAAACAAUGAGUGUACUACAUUGGGUCAAGCCUUUUCACAUUUCACAAGUCUUCAUCGUCUUGAAAGAAUGCAUACUAGGGCAAGGCUAUAUGGAUAUAUUUAAUAUAGUGAAACAUUUGAACAUUUCUACAAUCUUUAUCAUCAUGAAAGAAUUUCUACUGGAGAGAAACUAUGACUAUAAAGGAUUUGGCAAUAUGUAUAGCUGUCACAUUUAUAUUCAGUCAAACAGGAUUAUUUUUCUGGACAAAAAAAUGGGACAAGUGUCAACAAUCUAUUCAAACUUUAUGGUUUGAUGUCCCUCUUUAUUUUGUUUGUACUUGUGAGCACAGAAAUCCCUGUUUAUUUUUGUUUGUACUUAUAAUCACAUUUCUCUACAAUUACAUGAAAUAGCUCAUUCUGAUAUAAAACUUUCAUAGUUUGAAAUGUUUGGAGUAGGAAUUGAAGUUUGCUGUAUGUCUUACAAAUCUAUUUACAAAAGUGCUUUUUUUGUUGCUGUGAUAAAACACAAUGUCUAAGGCAGCUUAUAAAAGAGAUUAAUUUGGCUUAUGGUUCCAGAAAGGUAUGGGAUCACCAUGACAGUCAUGAAAUGUCACACAUGGCAGCUAAAGCAGGGUGAUCAGAGCUCACAUCCUCAUCCUAAAGCAUGAAGCAGAGAGUGUACACUAGAAAUGGUGUAUAGAUGUAAAUUCUCAAACCUACCCCAAGUGACAUAUUGCCUCCAACAGGACAGCAUUUUUUUAAGUCUUCCAGAAGGAUACUACCAGCUGAGGAUUGUACUUCAACCGUACACACUUGCUUUCUGUUACAUGAACCAAUUUAUGGUGAAGAAAAGCUUUAGGUAAGCCUUUAAAUACCUCAAAACCUGAGUCACAGGAAUGAAUGCUUACACACUAAAUACAUUUAUGAGUAAAACUUAUUUGGUCAACCAGUUCUAUUCCUUUUAAUUAUGUGAUGUCAGUGUGUCCUUUUGUGUGUAUGAACACGAGCAUUGUUGGUUCUCAAGAAGAUUAGAACUCUUGGAUCUUCUCAUAGCAGGAAUUAUAGGAAGUUAUCAAAAACCUGACCUUUGUCCUGGGAAUAAAUUUGUCUUUACACAGCCAUGUCUCUAGCCCUGUAAACAUUUUCUUUUCUUUUUUUUUUUCGGAGCUGGGGACCGAACCCAGGGCCUUGUGCUUGCUAGGCAAGUGCUCUACCACUAAGGUAAAUCCCCAACCCGCCCUGUAAACAUUUUAAAGCCUUUAUAUAUCAUCUUGAUGCCAGGAAAUAGGAAAGAAUUCAUACAAGAGAAACAUCUUAUUCAUGUAAAUGACUUGAUAAAGCCUUUACUGUGAUUAUAUCACAGGUGUCUUCAGUUUCAGGGAAAAAUACCAUUCAUUUCUUUUUCAUCAUAACCUUGCAGCAAGGAAAUCAUUUACCAUGCUCACUCAAAUGUAGUUGAAGAGAUCACCGAUUGUGGUUGUGGUUUCUAUUUAGAACCAUUUGGAGUAGGUAUUGAAGUUUGCUGUAUGUGUUACAAAUCCAUUUACAGAAGUUUAUUGGACUGUUCUUAUAGCUCUUCUGUGGCUCCUGUUCAUCUUCUUUUGCAUUGUCACUUGGUGAUAGUUAUCCUUCUGCCAAAAUGUAUAGAAUGACAUACCCCUCAUCUUAAAUGACCCAUUGCUUAUUUAAACUUCAGGCAGUAUGUGAUCACACUUUUUUAGUAGAUGUACCUGUGAAAGGGUGGUGGGUGGUGGUUCCUUGUUUUGUUUUGAAUUUUCACAUAUUCUCUUCACAUAUUGUGCUUUGUUAUCUAGCCCAGCUCGAAGAGAAUACGACAAGAGAAUGUAGCAUUAGAUACUCAUGUGUAUUCAAAAGAGCAUUUUCAUGUAUCUGCCAGAGAUGUAAUGAAGUAGGAUAAUCAGCAACCAACCGUCUAUCAGCAGCAUGACUUCAUUGGUAUGGAUGUGUACUUACUAUUACAUAUUCCAUGCUUCUACAUGGUCCCAUUACUUACCAUUUGGUACUUCUUCUUGAGUUCUGCCUUCUAAGAAAAUCAUCUCUAUUAUCUAGAGAUGCCAGAAACUGUAACAGCAAUAUGAUUUAUUUUUCAUAAAGCAUUUCUGUAUAUGUGUAAUGUGAUGACGGUUUUUUAGGUGGAAACUAGGUGACACCGCUGUAGGAUCUACUUUGGACAUCUUUAUCCAAUGAUCAUGUUCAAGAGGCCAGCAUUGCAUAGUGUAGACAUUUCCCACCGAGCCCAUCCCACCGAGUAAAAUUAGUUGAAACAUUACAUUAGUAAAAUAUUGCUUUUUCAGAUUGUAAACAGCACGUCUUCCCCCCCCCCCCCACUAUUUUUGUGAGACUAAACUUGCCUUGAUGCUAAACUCUAUUGAAAUCAUGACCUGACUACUCGUGCACUGAUGCAUGAUGAUGCACUGUUGACUAUGCUAUCCAGUUGAUUGUAUGACAGACUGAAACAGAUGAAUGAGCUUUCCUUACCAUUCAGGAGUCGUGCAUUACUCAAUCACUGUGCAUGUAGUAACCUCACUGGAUGUAGUUUACAUUUAGGUGUUAUAAAGAACCUGCAGGUAAAGCCAGUUCCCGGGUCUAUGCCCUUAUGACUAGCUGCUCAGUGAACAGUGCUGAUAUGGGCCCAGGAUUAUGACUUCACAGCUGUUGUCUGCCUAUUCUCUUCCUAUUUAUUCAAUAUAGUACUGCACUUGAAGUUUUAGCUAAGGCAGUAAGACAACAAAAGGCAAUCAAGGGGAUAUGAAUUGGAAAGGAAGAAGAUAUCACUAUUUGAGGAUGCUGUGAUAAUAAAUACCUAAGUGACCUCAAAAAUUCUACCUGAGAACUCCUAGAGCUAUAAACAACUUCAGCAAAAUGGCUGGAUAUAAGAUUAACUCAAAUCAGUAGCCUUCCUUUAUACAAAUGAUAAGCAGGCUGAGAAAGAAAUUAGAGAAACAACACCCUUUACAAUAGCCACAAAUAAUAUAAAAUAUCUUAGUGUAGCUCUAGCCAUGCAAGUAAAAGAUCUAUAUGACAAGAACUUCAAGUCCCUGAAAAAAGAAAUCAAAAAGACCUCAGAAGAAAAAUCUUCCAUGCUCAUGGAGUAGUAGGGUUAUCAUAGUGACAAUCGCCGUGGGUAGAACCAGAAAAUAUCCUGAGGUAACCCAACCACAAAAGGACAUGCACGGUAUGUACUCACUGAUAAGAGUAUAUUUGCCAAAAAGUACAGGAUACCCAUGAUACACCCCACAGACAGUAAGAAGUUUAUCAGAAAGGAAGGCCCAAAUGAGGAUGUUUCAAUCUCACUUAGAAGGGGGAACAAAAUAAUCCCAGGAGGAAGAGGGAGGGAGGGACCUGGCAGGAGAAGGGGUAAAGAGGGGCAGGAUUAGGUAGGUAUAGGGGGAGAAAGGAGAGAAGCCCAGAGGGCCAGGAAAAUGAAGAAAAACAUUCGACUGAAAGGAUUAGAAGGUGGGGAUACAUCUGAAAACCAGAGACCUGGGAUGUGAGAAUUUCCUAGGACUCAAUGGUGGUGACCUUAGCCAAAAUGCCCAACUGUGGAGACGAAGAACCUUUGUUGACCACCUCCAGUAGUUAAACAGGGUCCCCAGUGGAGGGAUGGGGACACCAACCCACCUUCUGAAUUUUAGGCCCAGAAUUGCUCCUGUCUAAUAGAAAUUCAGAAACAAAAAUGGAACAGAAACUGAAGGAAAGGGUAUCAGGUAACAGGCCCAACUUAGGAUCCAUUACAUCUCUGGGCACCAAACCCUGACACUAUUACUGAUGCUAUGUUGUACUUGCAGAAAGGAGCCUAGCAUGGCUGUCCUCUGAGAGGCUCUACUUGCAGCUGACUGAGACAGAUGCAGAUUCUUACAGCCAACCAUUGGAAUGAAGUCGGGGACCAUGAUGGAAAAGUUAGGGAAAAGAUUGCUGGAACUGAAGGGGAUGGCAACCCUAUAGGAAGUCCAACAAUGUCAACUAGCCUGGACCCCUGGGAGCUCCCAGAGACUAAGCCACCAACCGAAGAGGAUACACAGGCUGGUCCAAAGGUCCCUGGCAUGUAUCUAGCAGGGGACUAUCUUGUCUGGCCUCAUUUGGAGGGGAUGUGCCUAAUUCUGUAUAAACUUAUGCCCCGGGGUAGUGGGAUGUGGAAGGUGAGGGUAGAUGGGGGUGGGCAGGUAAGGGGGGCAGGGUGAAUGAGUGAGGGUGACAUCGAGGUUGGGAGCACCCUCUCAGAAGCAAAGGGGAGGGGGAUGUUGUGAAGAACUCUUGGAGGCAGAAUUGGAAAGGGGGGGGGGAACAUUUGGAAUGUAAAUAAAACAUUUAAUAAAAAUAACAAAAAAGAAAAAAA